UUUUUAUGCAAUUUGCCACCAACAAGCCCACACAUAGACACUUGCAUACACAUGUUAUGUUUACUGGUUAAACAAAUUAGUUAAACCUCUCUCUCUAACCUCAUUCUUUUCUACUUUUCUCAUAUUCUCUCUCCCAAACAAGAAAAAGAUAGGUUCUUUAGACAAAAAUACACACAACCAGCUGUUUUCUUUGUUUGUCUCUCUAUUUCCUUUCUAUUUGCUUUCUCUCUCUAGAUAAAGAAGUGUAGAAUAAAGUGUUCGCAGGGAGAAAGAAUAAGAGAAGGAUAAAAAAAGGGCAUUGCUUUGGAGAGUUAUUAUUCUUGAAGUUAUGGUCACGGCCACGAAGAAGAAGUCUGCAAUGCCAAAAGAUGUGUUAGUAGUUCUGUUGUUCUUGUUGGGUUUAUGGGUUUGUUCUGUUACUGCUUCUGUGUCUUAUGACUCUAGAGCUAUUACCAUUAAUGGACAAAGAAGGAUCCUCAUUUCUGGAUCCAUUCACUACCCAAGAAGCUCCCCUGAGAUGUGGCCAGAUCUUAUACAGAAGGCAAAGGAAGGAGGACUGGAUGUGAUUCAGACUUAUGUUUUUUGGAAUGGCCAUGAACCAUCACCUGGAAAAUAUUAUUUUGAGGGCAACUAUGAUCUGGUGAAGUUUAUCAAGCUAGUGAAGCAAGCAGGUCUUUAUGCUCAUCUCAGGAUUGGACCUUAUGUGUGUGCUGAGUGGAACUUUGGGGGUUUCCCAGUUUGGCUCAAGUACAUUCCGGGAAUCAAUUUCAGAACAGAUAAUGGCCCUUUCAAAGCUGAAAUGCAAAAAUUCACUACAAAGAUUGUCAACAUGAUGAAAGCAGAAGGGCUGUUUGAGUCUCAAGGUGGUCCAAUUAUUUUAUCCCAGAUUGAAAAUGAAUAUGGACCCAUGGAAUAUGAACUUGGUGCACCCGGUAAAGCUUACUCCAACUGGGCAGCAAAAAUGGCUGUAGGUCUUGGCACUGGCGUCCCAUGGGUCAUGUGCAAGCAAGAUGAUGCCCCAGAUCCUGUUAUUAACACCUGCAACGGUUUCUACUGUGACUAUUUCUCUCCAAACAAACCUUAUAAACCCAAGAUGUGGACUGAAGCCUGGACUGGCUGGUUUACUGAAUUUGGAGGUGCAGUUCCUUACAGACCAGCUGAAGACUUGGCAUUUUCAGUUGCAAGGUUUAUACAGAAAGGAGGAUCAUUCAUAAAUUACUAUAUGUAUCAUGGAGGAACAAAUUUUGGGCGAACUGCUGGUGGUCCUUUCAUCGCUACAAGUUAUGAUUAUGAUGCUCCUAUUGAUGAAUACGGACUAAUCAGGCAACCUAAAUGGGGUCAUUUAAAGGAUUUGCACAGAGCAAUUAAGUUGUGUGAACCGGCUUUAGUAUCUGCAGCUCCAACUGUGAUGCCACUUGGAAAUUAUCAAGAGGCUCAUGUAUUUAAAUCAAAAUCUGGAGCUUGUGCAGCAUUCCUUGCAAAUUACAAUCAGAGAUCAUUUGCAAAAGUGGCUUUUGGGAAUAUGCAUUACAAUUUACCUCCAUGGUCUGUCAGCAUUCUUCCAGAUUGCAAGAACACCGUUUACAACACAGCAAGGCUUGGCGCACAAAGUGCCCGAAUGAAAAUGACUCCUGUUCCUAUGCAUGGAGGAUUCUCUUGGCAGGCAUACAGUGAAGAGACAUCUGCAGAAGGUGACCACACCUUUACAAUGGUUGGGUUGUUGGAGCAGAUAAACACUACUAGAGAUGUGACAGACUACUUGUGGUACUCAACAGAUGUUCAUAUCAACCCCAAUGAAGGCUUUCUGAAGAGCGGAAAAUAUCCUGUUCUUACUGUUCUAUCAGCUGGCCAUGCUUUGCAUAUUUUUGUCAAUGGUGACUAUCAGACUGGAACUGCAUAUGGAAGUCUAGAAUCCCCAAAGUUGACAUUUAGUCAAGGUGUCAAGAUGAGAGCUGGUAUCAACAAAAUUUCUCUUCUCAGUAUUGCUGUCGGACUCCCGAAUGUUGGUCCACACUUUGAGACAUGGAAUGCUGGUAUACUUGGACCAGUGACAUUGAAUGGUCUCAACGAAGGAAGGAGGGAUCUGUCUUGGCAGAAGUGGACCUACAAGAUUGGUCUAAAUGGAGAAGCAUUGAGUCUUCAUUCACUGAGUGGGAGUUCAUCAGUUGAGUGGACACAAGGGUCUUUUGUGUCUUUGUGUCUCAUAGAUCAGCCACUUAUGUGGUAUAAAACCAUGUUCAAUGCUCUGGCAGGAAAUACCCCAUUGGCUUUAGACAUAGACAUGGGUAGCAUGGGUAAAGGUCAAGUAUGGAUAAAUGGACAGAGUGUUGGACGUUAUUGGCCUGCAUACAAAUCAUCUGGAGAUUGCGGUUUCUGUAAUUAUGCUGGAACUUAUAAUGAGAAGAAAUGCUUAAGUAAUUGUGGGGAGGCUUCACAAAGAUGGUAUCAUGUCCCUCGUUCGUGGCUAAAUCCAACAGGGAACUUGUUGGUGGUGUUUGAAGAAUGGGGCGGAGAUCCAAAUGGGAUUUCUCUGGUUAGAAGGGAAGUAGACAGUGUAUGUGCUGAUAUUUAUGAGUGGCAGCCAACUUUAAUGAACUACAUGAUGCAAGCCUCUGGUAAAGUCGACAAGCCAUUGAGGCCUAAAGUCCAUUUACAAUGUGGCCCUGGGCAGAAAAUCUCAUCAAUUAAGUUUGCCAGCUUUGGAACACCAGAAGGGGCUUGUGGAGGCUACCGUCAGGGAAGUUGUCACGCCUUUCACUCUUAUGAUGCUUUUAACAGGCUUUGUGUUGGGCAGAACUGGUGCUCAGUAACUGUAGCACCCGAGAUGUUUGGAGGAGAUCCAUGUCCUAAUGUCAUGAAAAAACUAGCUGUGGAGGCUGUUUGCAGCUGACGGCCUACAACAUGUGGAGCAGAUAAAAUAAACAAGGAUCCUGAUUUAUUUUCUUACACUCCAACAAUGUAGCUUCAGUAUAUUAUUUUUUGGGCAAAUUAAGCCUCAUAGUGCAGACCACCACAACCACCAUCAUUUGUUCGGCUUUUACAGGGUGAAGUUGUACAAAUAUACAGCACACCUGGUUGAAAGCCCCACGUAGAUUGUGAAGACAAUUGCAGAUAAGCUUUAUCUUGUAUAUAUAAGGUAGGCAUUAUUUAAUGUUUAUGCUGUUCAUGCUGCAUUGCUGCACAUAAGUGAAGUCUCGGGUUUGGCAGAAGCACGUUGAGACGAAGCUAAUCGAGUCCAGUGCAAUUUCAUAGUUUUAGAAUAUGGAAAGCCUUUGGUUUCCUGCAAUGCUAUUAUAUGUUAUAUUUCUUGUACUACAUGUAAUCUUCUUGGGAAACAAUUCCUUCACUGCUUUUCUUGUAACUUGUAAGAAAGUUUCUUGAGGUUUGAAAAAAAUAUCUAUGCUUAUCAACUAUUAAGAUCAUUUUUAAGAA